AUGUCUGAUCAAAACACCUAUCAACAACGCUUUGAUGGAAAGUUCAAUCGCAGCCUUGCAACCAAAGCUGAUUCAGAAACUAAAAACAACCAACAACGUUUUACUGGAAAUUUAAAUCGCAGCUUUGAAGUCGGAAGGAACCAGGAGAGCGGACACAACAACAACACCAGGGGCGAAGGUAGUUCAAGUCUUAUGGUUCACCCGCUCUCCAACAAUCGUAGAGAGAGUAGCAGGAGCCUGGCAAGUGACGCAGAACCUAUCGAAGAAAAAAUUCACGACACUGUCUACCACGAUAUGGGAACUCUCAACUCAGCCGCUCCUGUAGACAUCAUUCCAAAUCAACGACCUCCAGGGGGGAAGGAGCUAAAAUCUAGUAAACUUAAGGAACAGUCCACGAAGCGGUUGCUUGAAGAUAAUCCGGAGCAUAUGACACAAGAAUAUGAACUUAGAGAGUGGGCGGAAGACUACGACAACAGAGCCCAAAGCGAGAGGGAGUUGCAGAACAGGCUAGCGAUAGAUGAUCCCAAGGCUAUACUUGUGGAUGCAAAAAUAAAGCGAGAUAAUGCGAGUCGUAAGGAGAAGCGUGCUGCCGACGAAAAGGCAGCUGAAGCCGAUACACGAACAAUGCCACCGCCUCCAAGGCCGGUGCAGGAUAACGAUACAGGGAACGGGAAUGGGAAGGGCAAGGGGAAGGGAAGGGCUAAGUGA